CGCAUGGAUGCUGAUUUGUUUACUUGGUUUCGAUGGAGCGCUACUCCCGCUCGCCCUCACCUUACCGGACCCAGCACCGGCGUCGGCAUAGAUCAAGCAGGCCCACGCGAUCACCAACGCCCUACAGAUGGCGCUCGCCGCGAGAGAGGUUAAAGCGGGGACGAUCGUUUCAACGCCAGGAUAGCUACGAGCUUUCUGAUUCAAGGAGAGCCACUUCCCAACAGCGUGGGCACUCGCGAUAUCCGGAUCGUCAUCCGGAGUACGCUGCGUAUCGCCCGUACUCGAUCGGCCGAUAUGCUCGUCGAGAGCGGCGCGAUGGCCGAGAUCACUCCCCUCUCUAUUACGUGCAGUUCGAAAAUGGCAGUACGAGGAUUUUCAAGGAAGUCACUAGGUUUCCUGGCCCAAACUUGGACCCGAGAAUGAUCUACGAUAGCAGCUAAGUUUGGACGCGUGAUCAACCGGAAACAGAGGGCAGACUAAUUCC